AUGAGCGAACCGGCUAGUUUGAACGCGCCGCGCCGGAAAAAGGUUGGUUCGGUGGAAUCGGGUGUCUGGGAGCUUUCUCGGGAGUCUAAGGACUCCUGUCAAAGGCGGAGCGUCGCGCAAGCGACCCCCGACACCAGCGGCGGAAACCGACGAAAGGUGUUGCCAUGGUGAUGGCUGUGGAAGACAGCGUGGUUCGGGUGGUUGUGCGGGUGAGGCCCCCCACCCCUAAGGAGCUAGAGAGUCAGCGGCGGCCUGUGAUUCAGGUGGUAGAUGAGCGGAUGCUGGUGUUUGACCCCGAUGAGUGUGAUGGGGCAUUUCCUGGCCUAAAAUGGAGUGGCUCCCACAAUGGCCCCAAGAAGAAGGGCAAAGACCUGACAUUUGUCUUUGACCGUGUCUUUGGUGAGAUGGCCACUCAACAGGAUGUGUUCCAGCACACUACACACAAUAUCCUCGACAGCUUUCUCCAGGGCUACAACUGCUCAGUGUUUGCCUAUGGAGCCACUGGGGCUGGGAAGACGCACACUAUGCUGGGAAGGGAGGGAGAGCCUGGCAUCAUGUACCUGACCACCAUGGAACUGUACAGGCGGCUUGAAGCCUGCCGGCAAGAAAAGCAAGUCGAGGUGCUCAUCAGCUAUCUGGAGGUGUAUAAUGAGCAGAUCCAUGACCUCCUGGAGCCCAAAGGCCCCCUCACCAUCCGCGAGGACCCUGAUAAGGGGGUCGUGGUACCGGGACUUUCUUUCCACCAGCCAGCCUCAGCUGAGCAGCUCCUUGAGAUGCUGACCAGAGGCAACUGCAGCCGCACGCAGCACCCCACGGAUGCCAAUGCCACAUCUUCCCGCUCUCAUGCCAUUUUCCAGAUCUUUGUAAAGCAGCAGGACCGCGUUCCAGGGCUGACCCAGGCCCUUCACGUAGCCAAGAUGAGCUUGAUUGACUUGGCUGGCUCAGAGCGGGCAUCUAGCACCCAUGCCAAAGGAGAGCGGUUGCGGGAGGGUGCCAACAUCAACCGCUCUCUGUUAGCACUCAUCAAUGUCCUCAAUGCCCUGGCCGAUGCAAAGGGCCGCAAGUCUCACAUACCCUACCGAGACAGCAAACUGACCCGCCUGCUCAAGGACUCCAUCGGAGGCAACUGCCGCACCGUGAUGAUCGCUGCCAUCAGCCCAUCCAGCCUGACCUACGAGGACACUUACAACACCCUCAAAUAUGCUGACCGUGCCAAGGAGAUUAGACUCACACUGAAGAGCAACGUGGUCAGCGUGGACCAUCACAUUAGCCAAUAUGCCACCAUCUGCCAGCAGCUCCAGGCUGAGGUGGCUACCCUGAGGGAGAAGCUCCAGAUGUAUGAGGCUGGAGCCCAGGCCCUGCAGCAGCGCUCCCCACAGCCCCCCAGGUUGAGCAUACCACAAAGUUCCUCACUACAGCCUGGGCACUCCAGCCAGUCCUCUGCCUCAGAGUUCCAUGCAGAGUGUGAAGCCCCUCAAGAGGAGAGCCUGGAAUCAGAUGCCCAGGGGCGGGAGACUGUGGAAGAAGAUGCUUCCAAGCAGGAGCAGUGCCCCCAGGGCAAACAGUUUCUAACCCAGAAGCCAGAGCUGACCCAGCCAGGGUCCCCUAGUCCAACAGUGCGGGUGAAGCCAGACAUGAGCCAGCACCCACCACAGGAACUGGAUGCGGUUGCAGACCACUCCAAACAGUUGGCCCUCCGGGUGCUAUGCCUGGCCCAGCGACAGUACUCCCUGCUGCAGGCAGCCAACCUCCUGACUCCCGACAUGAUCUCAGAAUUUGAGACCCUGCAGCAGCUAGUGCUUGAGGAAAGCAUCGAGCACGGGCCUGAGAACCCCAGGUCUCCUGGUCUGGCCAGGGGGGACCCGCUAACUCAGGAGCUGUGUUCAGAGUCUAAGUCUUCAGGGUACUGUGGUCCAGUAACCCGGACCAUGGCAAAGCAACUGAAUGGUCUCACACACACUCUGGGGAUCCCACUGGCACCUGACUGCCCCUCAGAGAAGAUGUUCCAAAAACCUACCAAGGAGAAGAAAAGGAAGCUGAGCCCCGAAGAACCAGGCAGCCUACCAGCCCCAAAUCUGGAGAUGAAGCGCCAGCGCCAGUCCUUCCUCCCCUGCCUAAGGAGGGGCUCCCUACCUAAGGCCCAGCCAUCCUCCGAGCCUAAGGCCCAGCCAUCCUCUGAGCCUAGAACUCCCAAAGGAGAAAGGCCCUCUUCCCCUUCCCCCUCCUCCUCCUCCCGAGUCUGCCCAGCCACAGUCAUUAAAAGCCGGGUACCCCUGGGCUCUUCUGCCUUACAGAACUGUUCCACUCCUCUGGCCCUCCCCACUCGUGACCUCAAUACCACCUUCAAUGUCUCUGUGGAGUCCCCCUCUAAACCCAGCUUCCACGAACUCAUUGACUGGGAGAAAGUUUCCCCGGAGCUCAACAGCACAGACCAGCCUCUCCUCCCCAGCGCACCUGUCCUCCUAUUCACGAAGGGCCGCAAGCCUUCUCUUCCUACAGUCACUGUGCACAAGAAGAGGCGCACUGUGAGGCCCUCGGUCUCCCGAGGCCGCAGCUGCAUUGCCCGGCUCCACAGUAGCACCCUGAAGAAGCCAGACAGACCCUUCACAGUCCCGGAGCCACCCUUGAGUCCCCACUGCCUUGAUGACCAGAGGACUCCUAAGGAACUGAUUGGGGUGACAGAGUGCUGUUAACUGAGAGUCCCGACCAUGAGGGACUCCUGACGUCCAUGAUGGUUCUGAUCUACCAACAGCCUCCUCUUGUCCUUGGAGCUGCCAAUGCCAAGAGUCCCUGGCCUGCCUUCCUCACCUUGGAGCAAUUAACACCACAUGCCUUAGCUCUGCUAUCGCCCUCCUGCCCCUCAUCUGUUUGCCUUCUUUAGUAGUCUCUUUCACACCCAGCUUCUUGGUAUAUGCAUAUUCCUCUGUGAGUGCUAAACGUGUGGCUGUAUUAAGAAUCCCAUCAGGGUCUCUCAUUUCCCAAAGCCUUCCAUGCAAGCAGGGAACUCGGGGGCUUCAUGUCUCACACCGGGGUCUGCACAGUGAGGGUGGGCGAGGACAGGAGGGGCUGCUGACAAGUGUCAUGUUAGCUGUCCUGGUGCUGACCACUGCAUACAUCCAGAAUGUAAGGAGGCGGGGAUGCGAGGAUAGCGCCUUCAGUCUAAAUGCUGGCUGCUUGGGUCAGUUAUUUAGGUAUCCUUCUCAUCUUGUCUUCUCCAUAUUCACAUGAAUUUAUAUGUAUUCACAUGGGUGUAUGCCUGUAGAUUUUUUUUUUUUAUAAUUAAUAAACAUCUCCAUCUCUGGUGUCUUCUUCUA